AUGAUUAAGCAUACCACGCCAGCCGACCUUUGGACGGGCCGUGAACUUACUCCGACGCGCCCAAUUGUGGCCGAAGACUUGACGCGGUUUUGUUUCUAUGCUCCCUUUGUGCGGGAGAUUAACCUUGGGAAAGGGAAGCAGAGCCCGAGGUGUACGAUAACGCGCGAAGGGUACUCCGCAUUCUGCUUGGCGUUGCAGUCGUCGUCCUCGGUCUUGCCUAAUGUUCGGUCCAUGGGCUGGCAUAUGGACAGCCUGGACCCGCUGGCCCUUCGGUACUUCAUCUCUCCCGCGCUCACUUCCCUGCGCAUCACCGCCGACAGCUUUACGACGGGCGACCUUGCCAGCCUGCAGUACGUGCAGCAGCAGUGUCCAAAAGUCAUCGAGCUCGACGUCAAGAUAGGCGGUACCGCUCUUGACGCCAAGCGUAUCGCGCAGGUAUCCGACGUGAUAUGCAGCUGGGACCUCAAGGAACUCAAUACAUCGCAUAUCAGCUGGCGCGCGCUGGGUCGCCUAGCCAGCUCAAAAACACUUCAAUCCCUACAACUCAACCUCCUCACCACCAAAAACGAGUUCAACGGCGUGAGCAUACCCAGCAACGCCUUCUCGUCACUGGUCUCCCUCUGCAUCGACGGUGUGCCCAUCUCGUUCGGCACCUGCAUCUCUAUGUUCCGGCAGUCGACGUUCUAUCACCUGCGCACCCUAACAAUCAUUUCCCUCACCCCUAAUCCCGCGCUCUGGGAGAAGCUCACUCCCGCGCUCCGCGCCGCGCACAAGGCACCGCUCAGGCUACACAGCCUCACGCUGAAGGAGACGCGCGACCAGGCGGCGACGGCGAGCGCGCUGAACCACGAGGCCAACGCGGCUUCGGCCAUGGACGCGCUCUACUGCUUCGAGAAUUUGACCAAGUUGAACAUAUCCAGCAGCAAGGAGUUUACCCUCACGCCCGUCACGGUGGAGAGCAUGGCGAAGCAUUGGCCGAAGAUGCGCGACCUAGAAUUCUCAGUGCGAUACCGCUAUACGCCCACGCUCCCGCUGCGCGCGCUCGAGUCACUCGCGAGAGGGAUGCGUGAUCUCCACACCCUUCGGCUUGACAUGAACGCGACGGGCGUGUCGCUCGAGCAGGCGCCGCCGCCGCCGUUCGAGCGGCAGACAACACUGAUGACUCUCCACGUCGACUGGUCGUCCAUCUCAAGUGCGCGUGUCGUAGCGGCCUACAUCUCGAUCUUGUUCGCCAACAUCAGGCUGGUUACGACGAAGCUGGAGAACGGUGCGAUCCGGAGUCAGGGGGACGUCAGGAAUCGCAGGUGGAAGAAGGUCGAAUAUCUACUGCCCGCGUUUACGGCCAUGCGGGAGCAUUUGGAGGACCGGGAGGGCGGGCUUGAUACACAGAGAGAGGCUUCCUCUGGAUCUAUGCGCAGAAAACAGCUCAACGAAACGGAUUUCCCCAGCGAUACAGAAUGA